GAAAGUGCAGCUUUGCCCUCUCGGUGCACCUUCCGUCGCAAGCCACUGUCGCGAGUUUGCCUUUGCACCCUCGCCUUGCUCCGCCAUGGCUCUCCGCCUUCUGGCCGCCGUCUUCCUGGGCGCUGCCGCAUGGCAGUGCGCCUUCGUGACCUCCGGUGCCGGGCCAACCCGCUCUCCUCAGGUGAGCAUGCACGCAGCAGCUGGCCAAUCCCAGGCCGCUGAGCAGGAGAACGGCCUGUCCCCUGUGGUGUCCAUCGGCAUCGGUGCCAUCGUUGGUCUGCUGGUGGCCGCGGCCCCAGCAUUGGCCCAGAGUGCCCAGGGCUACGAGCAAAUGGGAGGCGACGAUGUGAGGCGUUACGAGAAGCCCGAGGGCACUUCCAACCUCCUCAAGGAGCUGACGGGCGACAAGCAGAAGUUCUACGCGGGCAAGGUGGACCUGGACUACAGGAGCAAGGGCUACAAGAUGGAGGAGUACAAGACCGAGCGUGAGCUGCAGUCACAAUCACGUGCUGGACUGGUUCCCUCGCAUUGCUCCUGCUCCGCCAUGGCUCUCCGCGUGCUGGCCGCCGUCUUGCUGGGCGCUGCCGCGUGGCAGUGCGCCUUCGUGACCUCCGGUGCCGCCGCUGAGCAGGAGGACGGCCUGUCCCCUGUGGUGUCCAUCGGCAUCGGUGCCAUCGUUGGUCUGCUGGUGGCCGCGGCCCCAGCACUGGCCGUGAGCGCCCAGGGCUACGAGCAAAUGGGAGGCUGCUGGCUUGCACCUCCCUCGCCUUGCUCCGCCAUGGCUCUCCGCGUGCUGGCCGCUGUCUUCCUGUGUGCUGCCGCAUGGCAGUGUGCCUUCGUGACCUCCGGUGCCGGGCCAACCCGCUCUCCUCAGGUGAGCAUGCACGCGGCAGCUGGCCAAUCCCAGGCCGCUGAGCAGGAGAACGGCCUGUCCCCUGUGGUGUCCAUCGGCAUCGGUGCCAUCGUUGGUCUGCUGGUGGCCGCGGCCCCAGCACUGGCCGUGAGCGCCCAGGGCUACGAGCAAAUGGGAGGCGACGAUGUGAGGCGCUACGAGAAGCCCGAGGGCACUUCCGGCCUCCUCAAGGAGCUGACGGGCGACAAGCAGAAGUUCUACGCGGGCAAGGUGGACCUGGACUACAGGAGCAAGGGCUACAAGAUGGAGGAGUACAAGACCGAGCGUGAGCUGAAGGUGAAGCUUCAGGGCGGCAAGUGA